GUGUUCGGUUCUGUACAUGCCAAUUUUACAAGUACUCAACACCCUCUUUCUCUCUCUAAAAACUCUCGAUUUCGACUCCCACACACACACAGAUGAUCUAGUUGCCGAAUCACCAACUCACGUCGUUUCUUCGCAAAUCAUCCUCAUCAAUCUCCAAAUCGCAUCCUCAUAGAUCCAGCAGGCAAAUUAGCUACGUAAGGUCCAUGUGUUUCCCCUAACGGUGUUGCUAACAUGCACCUCCUUCCUUUAGGAACGAACUACUACGUGUGUGAGUGUGGUGGACCGGUAAUUAGGUGUUUGUUGCUGAAUUGAUAGGUGCUGUUGUGUGAAGAUGUCGGCUAAUCAGGUGGUGAAAUUACGGAGGAAAGAGUUAGCGGCAUGCAUGACAUGCCCUAUCUGCAAUAAAUUGUUGCGAGAUGCUACUACUGUUCCUGAAUGUCUUCAUACGUUCUGCAGGAAAUGUAUUCACAAGAAGGUUACCGAUGAGGAGCUUGAAUGUUGUCCAAUUUGCAAUAUUGACCUUGGAUGUGUUCCUCUAGAGAAACUGAGGCCAGACCAUAAUUUGCAAGAUGUUAGAGGAAAAAUAUUUCCGUCAAAAAGGAGAAGGGUAAAGGCCCCUGAAGUUGCGCCUUCGGUUACAUUACCGUUAAGAAGGAAAGAGCGGUCACUGUCGUCACUGGUAGUCUGCACUCCCAGGGUGUCACCACAAACUACUUUGACCGGUAAAAGGUCAAAAGGACCCCCAAGAAAGAAACCACGUGGGUCCGCUUUUUCCGUUGACAAAUCUGUCAAGAAGGAGGAUGACUCCAUAGAAGACCACCAAGAUAGCUCGAGCUCUCGUGAAGUUUCAAACAAGUUCACACAGAAUUUGAGGCAGAAUUCUUCAGCUGCGGGGCCUUCUAGCGAUCCUUCUCCUGAUAAAGAAACAAACAAUGGUAAAGUUGAUACGUGGAAACCGUUCAAUUAUUUGUUGGAAGUGACAAAUAGGAGUAAAAAUUCCAAAUUUACUUCACAAGGAUCUACUGUCAACCCAGAAACACCAAUUACCCCAAAGAGUGAAGGGAAUGUUCGUAAAACUAAAGGAAAAGAUCAACUGAAGCGUUCUAAAUUUCAAGAUGAAAAUGGGAGGUCUGAUAUGGAUGUUACGGAAUCUGCAAAACCUAAAAUAAUAAGAAAAUAUCGCAAAAAUAAAGUGGGGUCACAAGCCGUGCUGGAUGCGGAUGCUGAUGCUAAUAAUGCUGUUGGGGACAAAAGAGUAAAUCCUAUCUGGUUCCAUUUGGUACCUUCUAAAGAACAGGAGGGUGAGCCUUUGGGGCAGAUAGAAGGAAGUUUUGUAAGACUAAAGGAUGGCAACAUACCUGUUUCAGUUAUCCAGAAAUUCGUCAUGAGCAAAUUGAAACUUGGAAGUGAACAUGAGGUCGAGCUCAGAUGCAUGGGCCAACCGCUAGUGCCAACCCUUCUGCUAGGUAACCUAAUGGAGAUGUGGCUGCAGAAACAGCCAACAUCACAGACAAUUUCGGUCAUAGUUGGAACAUCGGCUAAGGAAUACAUGAUGGAGAUAUGCUAUGCUAGAAAGACUUUGGGUGCAGGUGUGGCUCUAACUCAAGCUAAUUGAUGAUUAUGCCCUCCUGUGGUUUUCGCUUUGAGAAAGAAGAAGAUGUUGAGAUGUAACCCUCUUCCUCCCCCCCCCCCCCCCCACCCCCCCCACCCCCCCAGUUUAUGUAAGAGACACCAUGAUUGGUUAUAAAGUUUAAGUUACUGUAUAGUUAUGAAUCUUUGUUAAAGUUGGUGAACUUUGACAUGUUACCCUCUGCACCCUUAACUUAUUUCUGCUGUUAAACUUGCAUGAGUUUUGUGGUGGUGUUAUA